AUGUUAUGCAAGGAAGAUGAUAGCAUCGAGAAGGACUUGGCCGAGGUCGAGGACGAGAUAAGGGCAUGGGAAAAGGGCUUUGAAAUAGAGUUCGGGGCCAAGCCGGGUUCAGAGGAUAUAAGCGCUAGACCGAGGAUAGCGCUCAAGUACAAACUACACGAGAGCUUAAAACAGGCAUUGAGAGCGGAUAAGAAUGAGGGCACGCAAAACAGCCUGACACCUUCCCAUCACACACAUGUAGAUAAUUGCGACGGAAAUCAACUGUCUCAAAAGUGCCACAUCGAGGGCCGGCCUACGCAGCCUUCACUGUUUCAAAGCCAAGAUGCUAAUUAUGAAGCUCGAGAGGAGGAUGCGGAUGUUGAGAGUUUGUUUGAUCACAACAGCAGCUUUUUGUCUUACUUCGAAGAUUCGGUUUUAAAUACAAAGGUGCUAGGCGAGGGCGAGCCUGUGGAAGGGGUGGAGAGUAACGGGGAGGCGGGUUUGGCAGAUGAGGUUGGGAGUAUGCCAGCUUUGGCAAAAGGCUUGUCGCACUUGUCAGCGAUUAAGGAGAUAUUUAACGCUUCGCUUGAAAACAGCAAGGCAUUCGAGGUUGCGUCGUGGCCCAAAUUCGAAGAGCUAGCGGAGACGCAGGUCUCCGAAAACCGCGACAGAGCGGAGAAGGAGGAAACUGAGCUUGGUUCUGAAGUGCGAACAACGGCAUUGCUGCCCAAUUUUUUCGGAGCAGGAAUUCACGCGAUUGGUGGCAAAAGUGCAUCUUCCUUGAGCGACCAAGUUAAAAAAAACAUUCACCUGGACUUGGCUGACGUCAAGGAAGAAGUAACUCUAGGAUUUGACGAUAAGGUUGACCAUGAGCAGGAGAGCAGUGACGCGGAGGUGCUGAUGUCAAAAAGGAAGCGCGGUAGGGCCGUGUACGAAGGGCAGGCGCAAGAAGAGAACGCUAGUGGUGUUCGAAGAGCCAGUUCAAGAAAGAGGGCAAAGUCGUCUCUAAAACAAGUGGAUACUCCUCCAGUUCCGGCGUCUAAAAAAAGAGAGAAUUUUGUACGGCUUAAUUUGAAAAAUGAGUACAAAAGAGGUAGAGUUUACGGCAGAAAAAAUGUGUUCAAGAAAAUCUCGGAGGAACGACGUUUACACGACGAUCAGGAGGAAAUAGACGUCUGUCCGUAUGUGAGCAUUGGUGAGAAUGCUGAGUUUUUGCAGAGUGGCCAAGAGUCCGCUUGUUCGAGAGGAGGAGGUUUGAGAAAUUCAGGGAAGGUGGAGGAGGUUGUGAGCUACUGCAACAUGUUGAGAGCGUCUGCCGAGGAUGGAAGUUUGGAGUCUGAAAAGCUGGUUGGAUUGCUCAAGAUGGUUUCUAAAUUCGAUCGGUUCCUGCCUGGACAAGAACAGGCGUUGAGGCAGAUUAUCCAGGGAAAGUCUACGCUCCUCAUAUUGCCGACUGGAAUGGGGAAGUCCUUGUGCUAUCAACUGGCCACCUGCUUCUGUUUGAACGGAGGCGUCACGAUUGUGGUCUCUCCGUUGGUGUCAUUGAUGAUAGAUCAGCUGAAAAACUUGUUCGAUGUUCUGCGGGGCGUUUCGCUGGGAUAUCACAAGGCGCAGCGAGAGAACGAGGAGAGCAUAGAGCUGAUCAAGAGUGGGAAUUGCGACGUGGUGUUUGUGUCUCCGGAGAGGCUCGCGUCAGGCGAGUUCGAACAAAUUUGUCGGGAGGUGAAUUUGAAAAUCAAUCUUUGCUGCGUAGACGAGGCGCAUUGCAUUUCUACGUGGUCGCACAACUUCAGGCCGGCGUACUUGUCUAUAUAUGACAGAGCCGUAAGGAGGCUGGGCGCGAAAUGCGUGUUAGCCAUGACAGGUACGUGUCGAUAUUGCCUGUUUUUUUUUUUUUCUCUCGAGCACCUCGCGGGUCUUGACCGUCCCUAA